CCAGGAUGUGUGCUUUUGGGGAAGAGAAUGGCAUCACCGGGGAAGGGGGCUUUUCAGCUACCUGGCGGUCAUUUAGAGUUCGGGAGCUACGUCAUAUAAAUUACUUGACUAUUGUGGUCUGGUAUGUCCUACGGCACAGAACAGUUGGGGAAAAUUUAAAUGGAAAAUAUUGCACCACAUAAGUAUGUUUACUCAGAACUGAGCACAUAUAAUUCAUGAUCAGAAUCUUUGAUAUCUACUUGGGAAUUUCUUUCAAAGCCUUUGGAAUUUGUCAUACCAAAAUUAAGAGGGAGAAAAUAAUUCCAUUAAAAAGAUCCAUUAUUGAAACUUGGGAGGAAUGUGCUAAAAGAGAGGUGUUAGAGGAAGCUGGCCUUUGUCUGAAGGAUGUUUGUUUUGCAUCUGUUGUUAAUGCAGUCCAUCUAGAAGAAAGUUACCACUAUAUCACCGUACUUAUGAGAGGAGAGGUCAAUACAAAUUGCGACCCAGAACCAACAAAUGCAGAACCAGAUAAAAAUGAAUGGUGGAAGUGGGUGAAAUGGGAAGAGUUACCACCAGAUGAUGAGUUAUUUUAUGCUUUAGCUCGUGCAAAGAAAAAUGGAUACCACCCUUUUAAAGAAGGUUUUGAACACCUCACAAAAAGGAAAGAAUUAAAAUAGUGUUUCUGAAAGCAUGGAGCAGGAGUGUGCAUGUUCCUAGGGCUGUCCUUGAUCUUCCUGAACUGUUUCCUAGUGACUUCAUUGUCUGUUUUCUCUCUGUGGAUUGCCUGAUUGCCUGAAUGACUCAUUUUUAUAUAGCACCAUUAUUUACUCCACAUUACUGACACUGCAUCAAGCUUUUGACGGUGGCCAUUUUUUGAGUGUAUAUUGGUGCUUCCCACAUAUAAAGAGAUGGCAGGUGAUAGAAAGGAUUCAGUGUUAAUUAACAAAAGAUGUUUCAGAUGGAAUGGGAAAAUGGGGUUGGUAAACACUGGAGCUGUAUUUGUAUUUUUGUCAUCAUUGUUGCAGUGUCUGUAAUCUAGCCUGGUUAAUCCAGUCUUGCAUAGAGGUAUAAUGUACACAUGUUCAAGGCAAAUGAGCUGUAACAGGAAACACGUCAUUUGUUGAAGGAGGUUUUACAUCUAAUAAUAACAUAUUCGGGUAAUUACUUUCUUUUUCAUAUGCUACUCCAGUUAAAUUAGUUAAUAUUAUACAGUCUUUUAUAAAGACUGAUUGUUUCAGCCAUCUGAUAUUUUAUUUUCCUGUCAAAUGAGUGUGGAAAAAGAUAUUUCACUGUUUAAUACACUCCCCUGUUUAACAAAGUAAAUAAAUAUUAUAUGUAUAUAAGGUGGAUCUGUUGUCAGUAUAUAGUUCUGUACCUGCAUCCAAGAUGCAUUGUGAGUAAUGUUAUCCAAUAUUAAGUAGAAAUCUUGUGCAAGUGUUAAAUGGUGCCAUAUAGGAAUUAAACUUAGUUCAGGUGAAAGUUUAAUAAAUUUUAAUGAUUUUA